UGAGUUCCUCUGCGGCCGCAACCACCGUUGGGGAUAUGAUGUAUGGCACAACUUUGUCGGCCGAGUCGAUGAAAGUAAUUGCCGAAAGUAUUGGUGUUGGCUCACUGCCCGAUGAUGCCGCUAAGGAAUUGGCCGAAGAUGUCUCCAUAAAGAUCAAACGCAUUGUUCAGGAUGCCGCAAAAUUUAUGCACCAUUCCAAGCGGGAAAAGCUGAUUAUGAGUGACAUCGAUCAUGCUUUGAAGGUUCGCAAUAUUGAACCACAAUAUGGUUUCACCUCAAACGACUUUAUACCAUUCCGAUUUGCCUCGGGCGGCGGUAGGGAGUUACAUUUCAUCGAAGAAAAAGAAAUGGAUUUGACGGAAAUUGUCCAAGGUAAUGUGGCAAAAAUCCCACUAGAUAUAACACUGCGCACACAUUGGUUGGCUGUGGAUGGUAUCCAACCGACAAUACCCGAGAAUCCGCCACCCCUUUCGAAAGAUCAUCAAGCAUUGGAUUCGGUGAAUCCGGUGGUAAAGUUGGAACAGGGUGUUACCAAAGACACAGCGGGUAAACCGGCAACGGGUAAAAUUCAUAAAUUGAAAAAUGUUGAAACGGUUCAUGUCAAACAAUUGGCCACACAUGAGUUGUCGGUGGAGCAGCAGUUGUAUUAUAAGGAGAUUACAGAGGCAUGUGUGGGUUCCGAUGAGCCGAGACGUGGUGAAGCUCUGCAGUCGUUGUCAUCCGAUCCGGGUCUUCAUGAAAUGUUACCACGUAUGUGUACCUUUAUCGCCGAGGGUGUUAAGGUCAAUGUGGUGCAGAACAACUUGGCCCUGUUGAUUUAUUUGAUGCGUAUGGUAAAGGCCAUG